UUAAAAAAUAAAUAAAAGAAGAGAAAAGCAGACAUGAAAGUGUCUGGGGUAAAACUCUUAUUUCUUGCAUUAAUCUUGAUCCAUAUUAGAACUCAGACCAAUGGCGCUACGCUCGUCGACGACUAUGCCGACGAGGAGAAAAAGGCUCCGGCGCCCCCGCCGGAGAUGGACAAUUGUAACGGUGUGUUCUUGAGCUAUUCUUUCACGUCGAGGACUAAAUCGAUGCCCCUCUUGAAGAACGUAUCGGCUCAGCCGUGGACGUUUGAUUCCAUGGCCACCAUUGUGAAUGCUGGGACGGAAGAGGUAAAAGGAUGGAAGAUGUAUAUCGGGUUUCAACAUAAGGAGAUUUUGGUUUCCCUCACCAACGCCGUCAUCAUCGACUCUGCCGGGGAUUUUCCGGUGGCGGUCGGGAACGGAACGACCAUUUCAGGUUCCCCCAGUACAGACCUCAAGACAUCGAUUGACACAGCCGGGGAUUAUACUCAGAUUGCCGUGCAGAUUCUGAUCAAGGGUUCUAUGUUCGGGUUGAGCGAGAAGACCACUCCAAUGCCCAAAAACAUCUCUCUUGCAAACGAUGGCUGGAAAUGCCCCAAGAACACUAAAUAUAAAACCUACAUGCAUGUAUGUUGCAAGAGGGAUCCGAAAUACAAAGCCAAGAGCCUCAAGAACCAAUACAUGCCCAAGCAAAACGGAGACCUCACGUUCACGUACGAUGUCCUGAAAUCAUACGAGGGUAGCUACGAGGCACAGGUGACGAUGGACAACAACAGCCCGAUCGGCAAACUCGAUCGCUGGAACCUGACAUGGGAAUGGAUGAGAGGCGAGUUCAUAUACUCGAUGAGAGGAGCCUACACUCCCCGAAUGGAUUACUCCGGGUGCAUUUACGGUUUAGCCGGAAAAUACCUCACAGGCUUGGAUUUCACUCAGGUCUUGAACUGCGACAAAAGACCGACGAUCACCGAUUUGCCAUUGAUAAAAGCAAACGAUACCAAGGUCGGUAAGGUCCCUUAUUGUUGUAAAAACGGGACUUUGUUGCCGCCAUUGAUGGACCCGAGCAAAUCUCGAGCUAUGUUUCAAUUAAGGGUCUAUAAAAUCCCCCCGGAUGUCUCCCAGAAAGUGUUGUAUCCGCCACAAAAAUGGAACAUCACGGGCUAUCUUAACGCCCGUUACAAAUGUGGACCGCCGAUUAGAAUAGAUCCGACGGAGUUCCCCGAACCGACCGGUCUCGAUGCUAAAACAUACGCCAUCGCGAGUUGGCAAGUCGUCUGCAACUUCACCACGCCGGAGAAGAAGAAAUCGAGGUGCUGCGUUUCGUUCACGGCUUAUUACAGCGACCACGCCGUUCCAUGCCCCACGUGCGCCUGUGGAUGCGACAGUAUCGACACCAGUAAAUGCAAUCCCGACAAGACGGCGAUGCUUAUUCCGCCGGAAUCCCUCCUUGUUCCGGCGGAAAACAGGUCGAAGAAAGCAAGAGCAUACGCAGCGCUCAAACACAAAGAGGUCCCACGUAAGUUGCCUUGUCCCGACAACUGCGGCGUCAGCAUAAACUGGCAUCUCAACUCCAAUCACAAGAGCGGAUGGACGGCGAGGAUGACGCUGUUCAACUGGGGAGACCUUCCGUUCGUCGACUGGUUCGUCGCCGUCGAAAUGAAUAAAGCGUACAAAGGUUACGACCAAGUGUAUUCGUUCAACGGAACCAAAAAGCUGAACAACGUUAAGAACACAAUCUUCUUCCAGGCAUUGAAAGGCUUAGAAUACCUGAUGCAAGAGAAAAAUGGGUCAAAAUCAAGCGAUCCGAGAAUCCCCGGAAAACAACAAUCAGUGAUUUCGUUCACGAAGAAAUACACACCCAAUAUAAACGUUGAGAAAGGCGGUGGGUUCCCUUCCAAGGUGUAUUUCAAUGGCGAAGAAUGUGCACUUCCCAGUCGUUUGCCGAACUCAGGGCACGCCUCUCGUAUUUCCAUUACUACUUUCGUCUUCGUAGCCAUCGCCACUUUCUUGCUAAACCGUUUCCAUUGAUGAUAUUUGGCUUUGUGUUUUUCUUUUCUUUUUUCUUUUUGUUGGCUUGUAGUAUAUUGGAUUUUGGAGAUAUUUAUAUGUU